AGUAUUGUUUUUGUCAUUUAAACCAAGCAAGCCAAAAGUUUUUUGUUUUUGUUUUGGCACAGAAAUUUGCUGAAUAACCGCGAAUCCUCGAGAGAAUUGCCACCCAAGCGCGACACACAGCACAAAGCAGCAGAGGUCAGAGGUCGGCGGACAGCGAACAGAGCAACAAGGCGAGGCGCGAAUAAAGCUGCAAACCAAAGAGGACUCCGCAAGUGGCCAUUAAUUGGAUUAGUUGCGCAGAAGAACUAGGAGAACAUCGCUAGCCAGAGCCAUUAAGGUCUGGCCCAGCAACGUGACCAUAGCUAGGCGAUCCACGUCGACGGCGCAGCCAAGCUCAAUAUCCGGAUCAUCUCGAGGAGCACAAUUUGCCCGGACACAGCAGCGGCAAUCCUUGGACAGCAGCGGCAGCGGCAGCAGCCAGGCGAGGACGAGCCGAGGAACCGGAGAAACAAGUGGCUCCCGCGACUCUGGCCCAUCGGUUAUGCCCAACGCGUGCCCUGGUACGCGGUUGGGGAACUGGGACUGGGGCGCAGCCUGCAGGCGGCGGUCGAUACACUGAGGCUGACCUACGGCCAGCGCCCACGGCAGCUGGCGCUGGCCAUGUCCCUGCUGGCCUACGGCGAACCAGCAGAGUCCAGCGAAACGGACAGCCCGGCGGCGGAGGCGGAGCCGGACGUACUGGUCGAUUUUACGGCCAUGCUGCAGCGGCAAAGGCAGAACGGCGAUUACGGCGGUUGGUUCGGUUGCGACAGCAAAAUGCAGACGACGCAAUCCGAUCAGGGCUACUAUCUCGAGCAAUAUGUGCUGGGCGUGCUCGAUUUCAGUUCACAGUAUGGCAUCGAUUACAGCAUCUCGUAUACGGCGGCCAAUGUGAUUGGCAGGCCAACGAAAUUUCCCGCCUAUGGCGAUUAUCCGGAGACCUUUCCCAUGCGCACCUACGGCGACUGGUGGCAACGGGCACCGUCCGCCACGCGUGAGAUUCAGCCCCAGAAUCUGCCGAAGUUGGAAACACAUGACUAUGUUGUUGUUUAUUUCGAGGAGUUUGUAGUGCCCACCGAAGUGGCCAUCUUUGAGACCUUCAAUCCGGGCGCCGUUGUACGCAUUUGGGCGUACGGCCUGACCAAAAACUGGACCUGCCUGUGGGAGGCAACGGAAAGCGAUCUCUCCCGACCGCCGCCACUGGACUCGCGUCGCUUUGCGCCGUCACUGAAGAAGACCACGAUGCUAACGAAAACGCUGCGCAUCGAUUUCAAUCACAGCCGACUCAAUUACUAUACGGAAAUCGAUGCCAUUAUGCUGUGCGGUCGAACGGUCACCAAAACGCAAAACCUACUGGCCAAGCAGCAAAUUACGCAGCACAGCCGGACGCUAGUGUCGCCGCCACCGGAUGCUAUUGGCUCAACGUCCGGCGACGGCAGUGGCGGAUCAAUUAGCCACAAGCUGCGCACCCUUAAGUUCCAGCCGAAUUGCGGCGAAGACGGUGCCACCAAGCUGCACGAGUUCAUCAACAACGAUCUUAGUCAGUUUCUGGCGGACAAUUGUGUGGAUGGCGAGGCGGCGGCGCCACAAAUCUGUCUAACGGAUCUGCCAUUCGAGAUCCUAUUGCGCAUACUCAGCUACCUGGACCUGAAGUCGCUGUUCCGCGUGGGUCACGUGUCGCGCACCUUCUACGACAUCUCCAGGCAUCCGCUGCUCUAUGCCGAGAUCAGCCUGAAGCCCUACUGGGAUGUGGCCAGCUCGGAGCUGUUGUGCACGUUGGCGCGUCGGGCCACCAUGUUGCGCAAGUUGGAUUUGUCCUGGUGCGGCGGCUUUGGCAAUGUCUCGCCCACCGAGUUCAAGAAAUUCCUGACCCAACGCGGCGAUAAUCUAACCCACCUGCGUCUGAACUCCUGCAAGUUUCUCAAUGCCAGCUGCAUUGAGAAUGUGGGCAUUGUCUGUGAUAAUCUGAUAGAGUUGAGCCUGCGCAACUGUGCCACUGAACCGCCGCUGUUGAACUUCUCCUGUCUGGCCAAUCUCAAGAAUCUGGAGCGUCUCGAUCUCUUUCAAACGUACUUCGAAACGGAACUGCUGCUCAGCAUGCUCGAGGGCAAUCGCAAGCUAAAGCAUCUGAAUCUGGCAUUUUGUGGUGUCUCGGUGAACAUGGACAAUGUGGCCGCCCAUUUGGCCACGUACAAUACGCAGCUGAUCUCGCUGGAUUUGUGGAAGGCGCACUUUCUGUCGUCCAGAGGAUUGCAAUCGCUGGCGCGUCUCCAUCAGCUGGAGGAACUGGAUCUGGGCUGGUGCAUGAGGGAGGCAUCGCUCGGAGAUGGCCUGUUCCAGCUGCUGUCCAACUGUCCCAAGCUAAAGAAGCUCUUCUUGUCGGCGGUGCGCGGCACCACCGAACGCGAUCUCAUGCAUAUUGCCGCGCUGGGCAAGAAUCUGGAGCAGCUUGACCUCAUGGGCAUUCUGAACAUAACGCAUGAGCGUGUUUAUGACAUUCUGGUCAACUGUCCCAAGCUGCAGUUGCUGGACUUGAGUUUCUGUGACAACAUCAUGGAUCGGGAUUUCGAUUUGCUGGCGGAAUGGUCGCGACAAUUUAAAGUGGACAUCAAGAGCAGUCGACGUCACUGAACCGGAAACGGAAAUGGCGUAAUUGAAACCGGAAAUGGGACAAUCCAGUCCUUGUAGCUACACUAAUUAUGCCUAGUACAAUGCUAAGUGUACUUUUAGAUCCCACAUAUUUGUAUGUGACAUUCUCCCUCUUCAUUUAUAGUAAAAUGUUAUAUAUAUAUAUGCUGUUAUGAAUAUGAAACAUUUGAUAUUAAGCUGGGCGAUUUUUUAAUCACUUGAACUAAUGCUAAGAAUUAGAGAAUUAUAAUACAAAAGUUGCGUAUAAAUGCACUUGUUUAUUGAUG